UAAUGUCAGAGUGAAUGAUUUCACAAUCGUAUUUUUAGGUAUCUACCUAGGUACUUUUAAAUUAAUUCAUUUUCAAAUAAAAGAAGCCUUAGGCUUACGCUUUCCAAAUUUUUUCCAAACGAUUUAUUUAUGAACUAUCUACACUACAAGUUUAAUAUAAACUAAUAAAGAUGAAUACAGAGAGUGUAAUUGGUGAUGGCAAAAUGGAGAAAAUAGGACCUACACUUCCUAUUAAUCACCGCUUCUUAGAGCCAGAGAAGGCAGUCAAAACAAUUACUGAUAUGGCUAUUUGGGAAAAAUCUGAAGCUUAUAUGGAGUACACAGGUUUUAUUGCUACUUUAAAUGAAGCAAUUAAAGAAAAGCCAUUGUCAGUUGACUGUAAAAUUUCAAAUAAUGUCUCAAAAUUUGUAAAUUUAUUAGAAAAAAUUGAUGAACUAAUAGAUGAGUUUCCCCCUAUUGAACAGCCACAACGAUUUGGUAACACUGCAUUUAGAGAUUGGUUGGCCAAGGUGAAAAUAAGUUCCACUCUACUACUCCAAGAAGUUCUGGAACCCCAACUGCAUUUAGCUAUACCAGAGAUAAAGGUGUAUCUAGAAGAGAGUUUUGGUAAUGCAACCAGAAUUGACUAUGGAACAGGACAUGAAAUGUCAUUCAUAAUGUUCCUUUGUUGCUUAUACAAAAUUGGUUUCUUAGAUGCUGAAGAUAAAGUGGCCACUGUAUUUUUUAUAUUCAAUAAAUACAUACAAAUAGCAAGACGGUUACAACAGACAUAUAGGAUGGAGCCAGCUGGUAGUCAUGGUGUGUGGAGCUUGGACGAUUAUCAAUUUGUUCCUUUUAUAUGGGGAAGCUCUCAACUAGUCAAUCAACCGAGAAUAUACCCACCUGUGAAGUUUCUGGAAGACGAUAUUAUUGAUAAAUAUGCAGACGAAUACAUGUUUCUCUCUUGUAUUAAAUACAUAAAAGAGGUUAAAAAAGGACCUUUUGCCGAGCAUUCUAACCAACUAUGGAGUAUAAGCGCAGUAGGAUCCUGGACUAAAAUCAAUCAGGGUUUGAUUAAAAUGUACAAAAAAGAAGUUCUUGCUAAGUUCCCGGUGAUACAGCAUGUUCUGUUUGGUUCACUUCUUCCGAUACGUAGAUUUCCAAUACAACAGUAAAAAAUACUCCUCUUACUUUACUAAUAGUCUAGAUCCAAAAUGUAAGAUUUAAUUAUAUAUUUUUUAACUUUAUGUCAUAAAAACUCAGCAAUUAAGUAUUAAUAUUAUUUAUUUCCAAUAUGAGUAUCUUAAUAUGAAAUAUUGGUUUAAUUGAAUUAAAAAUUGUGAUAUUAAAUUGUAAAUAUUCAAAUAUAAAAUUAUUUGUUAGAUUAGUGAGCUGUGUGAUUGUUUUCUUAAAAUAUCGUUUUGGAAGUCUUGCAAUGCUUGUUUUACUAUACU